AUGGUCCGCUGGGUGCACACCCACGUCUUCGAGGACAGCUUGCACCCCUCGUGGAGCGAGCGCGCCUCCUCUGGCGCCCACGCCAACCUGUCCGACUCGCGUGCAGCCGGCCGGCGAGCGCCUCGCGGCAGCGGCUCUGGCGGCCUGCGUUGUGCGCGAGUCCUGCGCACGAACCUCCCGGCGCAUGGCUCGCUGCAGCUCCGCGCCGCCGGUCCGAUGAGGCACGGCCCUAUGGUCGUCUCCAUGCGCGUGCACCUCCCAACCGCCGCCGGCUGCGCGGCGUGCUCACGUGCCGGCUGCCUCCAACGCCCAGGGUGGCGUUGUGGCGGCGACGCCUGCCUCUCGCUACGCCGCUCGGGCCAGCGCGAGCAGGCUGCACGCUUCGCCCCGCUGUGCGCUUUUGGCGACGUCGGCCACGGCUGGUCGCGCAUCUCUGCUGGCGCCGGUCUCUUCGCCGGCGGCAGGGCCGGCGACGGCUUCGACGAGAUCGUGCUCCUCGCCGGCGCCCGCCCCGUCAUCCUCUCGCUCGACGACGUGAUGCUGACCAGUUCCGCACCGCCGCCGCCGCUGCUGCCGUUCCCGCCGCCGCUGCCACCGCCCGCGGCGCCCGCCCGGGGCUGGUGCUCCUACCUCUCCUCGGAGCACGCGCGCGCGGGAGGUGCAGCGCUGCCGCUGUGUGCGAUGGACGGGGACCACCUGCAAGGGCGCUGGCUGCGCAACUGCGAUCCGGCAGCCAUCCGGCGGCCCGAGAGGUAUGCGUACGGCUCGCCGCUCCCGCGCACAAACGGUUCGUGGGACUACCGGCUGUGUUCGCGCAUGGGCUACGCGCAGCGGGCGCGCACGCGCGAGGCGCUCGCUUGGAGCUGGGUGCCCGACCAGUGUGCGCUGCGGCAGGUAGACGGAGCCGAGUUUGGCGCAUGGCUCGCGGGCCGGCGGCUGCUGUUCUGGGGCGACUCCCUCUCGGGCCAGGCCUUCUACUCGCUCCUCUUCUCGCUCGGCGCCGAGGUGGAGCGGGUGGCCGACUUGCCACCCGAGCCCGCCGCCCUCGACGCUUUCCUCGACGGCCGCACCGGCGGCCCUCUGUGCAGCUACGGCGGCGUCGGCGACGAGGGCGGCGCGCUGACGGCGGCGGCGUUGCGGUCGGGCGGCACACUUGUCAAGGUGCUGGGUCACGCGCCGAUGGUGGACGAGCUGCGCCGGCCGCUCUCCGCGCCUUGGGCGUGGUGGGAGCCGCUGCUGCGCCGCGCCGACAUCGUCGUGGCGAAUGUGGGCCACCACUACCGCGCGCUCGACGGGCGCUACGCCCGCUACGGCGCGAUGGUCCGCGCCGCUCUCGCACGUUUUGACGCACGCAUGCCGCCGCACGCGCACCUCGUCUUCCGCACGUCCAACAUCGGGCACUUGGGGUGCGAGCGCGCCGCCGCGCCGCUGCCCUCGCGGGCCGCUGCAUGGAGCGCAUUGGGUGGUUGGGAGUGGUCUGCGCCGCCCUUCCAGCCUGAGUACUUUGGCCAGGCUCGUGCGGGCGUGGCGGACGUGUACGAUUGGCGCGCUCCGCCGUCGCACGAGUCGCUCUGGGCCACCCUCGCUGCCAGCGCGGCGGGUGGCGGCUUGCGAGGCCGCAUCGCGCUGCUCAACGUCUCCCACCUCGAUCUGCGCGCUGACGGCCACGUGGCGGAUGCGAUGGGGCUGCACGCCGACGCCAGCAAGGCGGCCAAGCCGCCCGAUUGCCUCCACUAUUGCUUGCCCGGCCCGGCGGACGCGUGGGCGCACGCAAUCUACAACCUGCUCCUCAAUAACCCGCGUUAUAGACGGCGGAGGAGCCGCACGGAGCGACCGACCAGCGGGUCUUGCUCUCCUCCACGGCAAUGCAACGGCUCUGGUUUAUAG